UCCUGCUCGCCACGCCCAUGUACAAACACCGCAUGCCCGCCGGCACGCCGCUCAAGAGCCUCUGCCAGGUCGUCACUGCCGCGUACAAGAAGAUCUACGUCAAGGUGCCCGCCGACGUCGAAGUUGGACACCUCUAUGAGGUCAGCGACAAGAUCGACUCGCCCCAGCCCAGGAUUGCGCACACCAGCGACUUCAAGUUCCUCGACAAGGCGGCCAGUCGGACAUGGAGGAGAGGCCGGAGGAGGCGACCUCAUGGAAACUCUGCGCCGUGACUCAAGUGGAGGAGCUCAAGAUCCUGCUCCGCCUGCUACCCGUCUGGAUCACCAGCAUCAUUGUCUCAUCGGCCUUCUCGCAUAUGAACACCACGUUCGUGCAACAGGGCAGCACCAUGGACAUGACCAUCCUGUCGGUGCCGGUGCCCGCGGCGUCGCUGGCCUCCUUCGAGGUGAUCUGCGUCCUGACAUGGGCUUUCCUCUACAAUCUACAACAAGGUGGUUGUGCCGGCGCUGAGGAGCUUCCCCUCGAGCGGCUACAGCAAGCCGUCGCAGCUGCAGCGGAUGGGCGCCCGGCUACUCCUCAUGACGCUCACCAUGGCUGUGGUGGCGCUCGUGGAAACUAAGUGGAGGCGCGCAUGCAUGAACCACCGACAGGCGCAGAGAGAGCUGCGCACUGCCGUGCACGGCAGCGGCCACCCGGUCAAAAAAGGCGACCGACCCCACGCCAGAAGGCUGCCCCAAACCCGCACAUGGCAUAGCCAAAGUCCCACCGGUGCAGCCGUACACACAAUUAAUUACAGCGAGCCCCAAUGACGCCGUAGAUGAAACAGUAGUAAAAAGGGCCACCGUGCCCUGCGGUGCUGGUCCUUGUGUCAGCGUGGCCAGUAGUAUUGAUUGUAUACGGCUAAUGUAUGCAUCGAUUGUGAUUUUCCCACCUAUUCUAUGCACGCAUCACCUCGGCGCAGCGGGCGGCUGGAUAUCUGCGUCCAGCUGCCGCUGCGUCCAGAACGGCCGCUCUCGUCACAUAACACCCUACACAUGCAAUUUUAGAGUACAGGCAAUGGAAAGUACAUACUCCCUCCAUCCCAAAAUAAGUGUCUCAACUUUGUACUAACUUGUACUAGAGUUGAGACACUUAUUUUGGAAGAUUUAU